AUGGGUCAAUGGACUAAGCUUCCUCCUAAUAGGCCCAAACUUCGAGUUUGUCAAAUCCCAUGGCUAACCAUACCUUUUGAUGAUGAUAAUGAGAUGUAUUGCAAUGUGUAUAGCCUUCUUGAGAAGAAGGUUUGCACUUUUGAGCUACCCGAAGCACGGGGAAAUUGUUAUUGUGGAUCUUCCAAUGGUUGGUUGGUUAAAUUUGAGGAUGGUUUAGAAUUGCAUCUCCUUAAUCCAUUCACUAUGGUUGAAAUUUCUCUUCCUGCAAUAUCAAAUUUUCCAAAUGUAUUGGAGUAUCAGGCUGAGAAGCAUGGAGAAGAAUAUACUAUUGUCCGACAAGGUCGGUGUCCAGGUAUAGUUUCCACGAGCAAUUCAAGAGGUUUUCAUAACUAA